AUGAGCUUGCGAUCCCUCCUUGACCUGGGUUGUCCAACCUGUAUAAAUACAGGGCUUUUCUUCACUCUUUCUCACAUCACAAACUUAACUUCUUUACCUUCUAGCUUGAGAAAGAUCUUAGGGAAUUUGUACUGCUUUGUUGAAGAGGGGAAUUGCCGUGCAUCCAAAGAGGUGGUCCAGCAUGGGUUGCAAGUUCGUGCAUGUGGUGACAAAAACUGGAGAAUUCGUGCUGGAAUCAAAUGGAGCAUGAGGCGCAUGCUGGUCUUGGAGCUACUUGGCCUGGGCUGGAGCUGGCGUGAUGCAGGGCUGGCACAUGCGCUGGGCUCAAAGAGACAAAAGGGCUGGGAUUUGGAGCAGAGGCGGAGAGGCGCUGGGCCUUGCGCGUCGUGGGCUUGCGUUGGGUAA